AAGGUCGAUGGGUUGAAGCUAAAGUACAAGUUUUUCACUUCACAACUUUGUUAAAUAAUCAAGUUCUAACUGCACUGUAUAUCAUUGUUUACCGUUUUUGUCAUGUAAUGUUUGAUGUCUGAUUUAUUUCAACCUCUACUAUCAUGUCAUGUUCCCAAAAAAAACAUAGUGUUAAAAAAACCAGUAUGUCGUGGUAUGACAUGGUGCUGUAUGACUCUUUCUUGUAUAUUUUACCAAACAUGAUCUGAGUUGGAUACGUUCUGUAUUGAUUUUUAAAUGAAGUUGCUAUAGACUAAACUCAUAAAGUAAGCAAUAAGGAAAAAAGAGGCAUAUUUGGCAGGAUUAAAUAAAGCAAUUAAAAGUUUACACGUCCCUUUAGCAGGAUAAUCCAAAGAGAUUACUGUGUUACGUUUUGCGCAAGAUUCAUGCAUGCCAUGCCACAAAAAAUAAAUUAGAGGGUUUGUGAUCUGACAUAGUAAAAUGAGCCUCGAGCAUUGAGUGUGUGUAUAUAUGAUAUUGGAUUGGAUUAGAAUAAUGAGGACUAAAGCUUCGUUGAUUGGAUGGUAUUAGAAUAGAAUAAUAAGGACUAAAAGCAUCAUUUAUCGGAUUACAAGAGACAAAUUUUGCUAACACGAUGGGAGACAAAAAGGGGGACAGGCUCUCAGGCCUAACUUUUCUCCCACCAACAUGCCUAUCUUCUGCUUUUCAUUAAUCUUCUGCUAAGAACAAACAUCAAUCUACGAUGCAGGAUGCGACCAUUUGUCCUAAGCUCAAUUGCCAACCAAUAUAUAAAACCUAGUCCACACUUAGGUUGUUCAUUUCAUGUGAACAACACUUGGCAAAAACAAACACGUGAAGCUCAAUACUUCAACUCAAAGAUUCUUUGCCUACUGAAUUAUUAGUCUUGCAUCUAUAUAUUCUUUGUUUCCUUCUUGUGCUUACAACUAGCUUUUCCAAUAUUUGACAAAACAGACAUGCUAAACAAUCUGACUUAACCCACAUGAUCCUGGGAAUUCAUAUCAUCAAAAUGUUAAACAAUUUCCUUUCUCUAUUAGAUAGAUAAAGGAACACAUUUUUUUAAAGAUUUUUUCUGCAAUUGGUCAAUAGUAUAUAUCAUUUGGAGAAAGUGUACACUCAUAUUCACGGUGCCGAAUUGCUCAGGCAACAGUUAAACACUUAAAAGUGAAGAAGACCCGCAUUCCUAGCAUAAAAAGACAAAUCUAAAUAACAUGUUAUGUCCACUAAACACACACACAUAAUAGAAUCCCCAUCAUUAUAAAAGGGCAAGCACCUGCAUUAGGAAAUUAACCCUUCAGACUGAACCAACACAGAAGAUAUAAUAAUAUAUAUAAGUUUUUCCCACAUUUGUCCCUGCUCUAUAAUCUCAAAGUUCUGUAGUAGUUAGUGCAUGAGCUUCAAUCAUGGACCCCAGAAUCUCCUUCUCCUAUGAUUUUGUGGUUUCCCAGCAGGCAAUGAAGCAUGAAAAUAUAUACACGGAAGAUCCUGUCUCUUCGGAUUUUGAAUUCUCUGUGAAGAACAAUUCUAUGAUAUCAGCAGAUGAAGCUUUUUUCCAGGGCGUGCUGUUGCCUCUGAAGAGCAGUGACUGCUCCAGGAAGGUGACUUUGAGGGAUGAGUUGCUUGCAAACGAUGAGUAUGAAGAGGAGUUACCAAGAUUACCAAAGAGUUCAAGUCGGUGGAAGGAGCGGUUAGGCCUGAGGAGGGUUUCAUCUAAGAAAGAUAAGAACAAGAAUGAUGGGUUUCCGCAGAGAGUUGGUACUGAAAAAGGGUUUACUUCUGGACAAGGAGACAAGACUGUUACCUAAGACAAAACGGUGGUGUAAGUUGUAGGAGCACAUAGAAGAAGCAUUCAUUUGUGAAAGGAGGGGAUGGCAUUGCUAGAAUUUUGGUCUGACUUCCUUCUCAACCCUUUAGUUAAAUUUAACCUAAGUUAUGUUCCCCACCUAUGUAGUAGAAAGACAGUAGUACCUCCAGCAUUUUAAUCUUUGUACAAAAAAUUGCAGUUGAAGAACUUCCAUGUGUCAAUUAAUGAGUAUUUUUCUUUGUGUAGUAAAUCCAGUAGAAGUGGCUUUUGUUUGAUAGAUAGUAACUUGCUAGUUGUUAUUAGUGCCAGUACGUAAUCAAGCAUCUUCUUCUCCUUCUA